AUGGACCAAUGUGGGAAACCACUUUUUACUCUAGCCUCGAUUUUUGACUUGAGACGUGGCACUUUUGAUGUGUCAAUCCUCACUAUUGAGGAUGGAAUUUUUGAAGUCAAAUCAACAGCUGGAGACACCCACUUGGGUGGAGAAGAUUUUGACAACCGAAUGGUCAACCAUUUCAUUGCUGAGUUUAAGCGAAAGCACAAGAAGGACAUCAGCGAGAACAAGAGAGCUGUCCGCCGACUCCGCACCGCCUGUGAGAGGGCCAAGCGCACCCUCUCCUCCAGCACCCAGGCCAGUAUUGAGAUUGAUUCUCUCUAUGAGGGAAUUGACUUCUAUACCUCCAUUACCCGGGCUCGAUUUGAGGAGUUGAAUGCUGACCUGUUCCGUGGCACACUGGACCCUGUAGAGAAGGCCCUUCGAGAUGCCAAACUGGACAAGUNACAGAUCCAUGAUAUUGUCUUGGUGGGUGGUUCUACCAGAAUCCCCAAGAUUCAGAAACUUCUGCAAGACUUCUUCAAUGGAAAAGAACUGAAUAAGAGCAUUAACCCC